AAUCCAAGCAUAUUGUGUGCGUGUUAAAGUACAUUAAAGUUUUAGCUAAAAUGAAACUAUGCAUAAUGUUCAUGAUGGUUAUCUGCAUGUUUGCAAAAGAAAAACGAGCUACAUUAGAAUGGAAAAAAGUUUAUACAGUCGCUAUCAAAUCGUUUACCAACGGGAAAUUUGUAUGUGCUGAAAAUAACGGAAAUGAACCAUUGAUUGCCAACAGGGACUCUAUUGGUUUAUGGGAAACUUUUGAAAUUCGUUUCACUGACGCACAAACAUUUGUAUUAAAAUCCCAUGCAAACGAAAAAUUUGUCACGGAAGUUAAUAGCGAAAAUAACUUGCUCAUUGCCAAUAAAGACCAGGCUACAGUAUUUGAGACUUUCACCUUAGUUCCAAGAUUCGGAACUUUUGGUUUUAAAUCAAAUGGUAAUAAAAAAUUAGUGACAGCUGAAGAAGCAGGAAAAAAACCACUUGCAGCUAACCGCAAAGUUCUUGACGUCUGGGAAAUGUUUAAUUUGGUCUUCGUGUGGCCUUCAGUACAUAAAGUGGCGAUAAAAGCAUUAGUCAAUGGUUUGUUUGUAUGCGCUGAAAAUGCCGGAAAGCAAUCCUUAAUUGCUAAUAGAGGCCAAAUAGGCCCUUGGGAAACAUUUGUAAUUAGCUUUACUGACCUCCAAACAUUUACUCUUAAAUCUUUUGCUAAUGGCAAAUUGGUUUGUGCAGAAAAUAGUGGACAAUUUCCCCUUAUUGCAAACAGAGAUCAAGCUGGACCAUGGGAGACAUUCACGAUAGUUUCAAAUAAGGAAGGUGUUGCGCUAAAAUCACACGCUAAUGGAAAAUUUGUGACCGCUGAAAAUGCAGGAAAUGGUAACCUAAUUGCUAAUCGCGAUAAGGCCGAUAUUUGGGAACGAUUCGUUAUAAUUUACUUAUGAUUGACUUGAAUAUUUAUGUUGAGCAAAUUGUAAUUUUAAGAAAUAAAACAUUGCUUUAUUCGUGGUUUAUUAAAAAUGUUUUUUUAAAUUUAGUUUUCAGUAUAGUAAAUGUUAAGCAACAGAUAAAUAGAAAACUGUUAUUUUUAUUCUUAAUAUUGUUAUUAUUGAGACUAAUUUAGUUUUUGGUACAAAUAUUUCUAUAAAUGGAAAGUU